AAACUUCCAUGCCUGAAUGUCGUUACCCACCACCCCCCAUUCGAGAACAUCCCAAAACUGUGAUAAAAAGUCCAAUUUAAAUGUGCAACAAAUUGAGAAAACAAAAAAUAAACCCUUAAAAAGUGUUUAAUUUCAAGUGAAGUGUAAAACAAAGUGAAGUUAUGACGUUAUUUGCUUUACCAGCAACCAGUUACAUGAUAGAAGAACAAAAGUUUAAAACAAAAAGUAUCGAUUCAGAGCUGAGUAUGCCCUCUUUAAUAUUUCGGAAUCGUGGCGACGGCGCGUCUCUGAGCGCGGCCGGCAGCAAGCGCUCGGCUUUGUCGGCUUCCGACGCCGAGUGUUUCUCGCUGUGCCUGGGCGCCGGGCCUCUGUGGUGGUCCGAUGUCCCUGCUCACGGCUCAGCACCGCCCGGAGGGGUGAGCAGCGGGGCCGCGAGCCCCGCGACCCCGUCCACCCCCAUCCACGACGACAACAACCGUGACUUGUUGAGUGCCCUGCUAUGGGCCAGCGCGAGCUCGCUAAGCAGCAGCGCCGAGAGCCUCGCCGCCGAGGCCGCGCACACCCACCCAGCGCUACACCCGCAGCAGAGAGAAGCGGUAAUAAACAAGAUCCUCGAGCGCAAAGAUCGCCAGCCGGUGAAGAUUGACUUCAAGAUCUUCCUCACCGAGAAUACUGUUACUCGCUGGGAAGCUGUAGUGAAGGGUGGCACCAUCUACCUGCGCGUGCCCGGUGUGCUGCAGGCGGGCAGCAAGGAGAGCUUCAUGCUGCUGCUGGACUUCGCUGAGGAGAGGCUCGGCUGCGCCAAUUGCAUAAUCUGCGUACUCAAGAACCGCUCCGACCGGGCCACGCUGCUGCGCACGUUCAUGUUCAUGGGAUUCCAGCUCCUGUCCCCAAACUCGCCGCUUAUGCAAGAAAUAAAUAACCCGGAAUACAUUUUCUUGCACUACAAUAUGCAGUAGUUGUCUUCGGUGUUGCCAUAUAACGAUUUUUCUACCAUUAUAGUAGUGUUUAGUGUUUUAACAACUUUUUUUUAAAUUCUUUUAUUAGAAGUAUUGCUAGUGGUAGUGUUUUGGUGUCCCCGAAGACAAUAUCGUCCGAAUAGUGAAACGUUUUUGACUUAUUGUGACGUCAAAUUACUGUCACUUUUUUUAGAAAAAAAAAUUAUUAGACGUUUCAGUACUUGGUCAUGUGACAGCUAAUUAACAUUUCCUUUCGGUAUAUUGUAGUUUUUCAGAGCUGUCAAGUAUUGCAUUAAAAAAAACAGUAUUCUAUUUGCACUAUUUUUCAUGUAAAAUCACUCGGCUUGCAUAGUGGUAAGGCGUCAACAAGUCUCGUUUAUAUAGUAUUUAGGUUAAGUGUAUACUUAUUAUUGUAGAAACUCGCGUUAUGGUUGAUUUCUCUAUUUUUUUUUUGUUUGGGUUAUGUUCACUAAAUAGGCUAGAAUCCAAUCUAGUGAAAUUAUGAUUAAGUAAAAACUAGAAUCCAGAGCAAAAAAAAAAUUAAAAGCCUAUAACCCAAAGAUCUUAAAUAAAAAUGUAGAGAAUAGAAAAAAAAAGAGAAAGAUGCCAAGCACGAGUCGUAGUAAUAUUGUUUGUUUCUACAAUUUCAGUUUUGAACAUACAUCUUUUUGUGUCUUCGAUUCAAAACUGAAAUGGUAGAAAUUUUUUAUUUCUACUUUAACGUUAAUUAUUAUUAUUAUUGUAUCGGGAAGUAUAUUAUGUCGUCGUGUAUGUUCACCCGUUCCGGGGGUAGAGCCCGAAAAAAAAACAAAAAAAAAACUAAAAUUUAAAAAAAAAAAUAUAAAAAAGUAAAACUAAAAAAAAAAAUCAUUUUAAAUCAGUUCCCAGCUACAUCGUAUAAAAACAGUAUUUUUUGGACGUACGUUCGCCGAUCUUUUUUAUUAAAAAAAAAAUAACACCUUUUUUAAUAUCUUAGCCGUGUACUGCAUUUUCUAUAGUUAUGACUCGGCGUUUGUACGUACUAUUUGAUCUUUUUUCCACGAUUUUCACGUAUUUUUUUAAAUAUUCACGUACUUUUGGGAAUAUAAGGGCGUCUACACACGUAUUUGGAGGUAUUAGAAAUGCAAACAUAACAGUAUUGUAACUCGAUGUGUACACGUCCUUACGUAUAUAAAUUCUAUAACAUAGCAAGUAAGUGGUUUGUGCUUUUUUUUUUAUAAAUCCUUUCUUUUUAUUGUAUCAAAAAUAUUAACGCUUUAUUUUAUGUUUUUUUUUUAUCAACAAUUGAGAAUUCCAAUAAAAAUUAUGUAAAACGUUCUUAAUAAUUUGAAAUAAACCAAUUCCAACGAACUUGUGUUUUGUUUGUAUUAUUUUUUCAAUGUUUUUUUUUUCUAAAAAUAUGAUAAAAACGAAAAUUGCCCGUAGUAAAUAGGCUUUAGUAAUAAAUAUAUAUAUUUUACUUAAAAACAUAAACUAAAGCGUAGUUUACAUCCUAUAAGUAAUCUUAUACUUUAAUACAUAUAUUCUAGUAACGAUUACUUAAAAGGUAACCCCCCUAUAGAGUUAUGUUUCACACUGGCUCCUCAAUGUCAUAGAACAAAUAAUGCUACUAGAAGUCUAUAAUCAAAUACCUAAAAUAGCAUACAGGUUAACCAAAAAUUAAUAAUCUAUGUAGUCCAUCAUCAUGGAUACUAUCCAUGAUUACUGGAUUAUUUUAAUUCCAAUGUCGUAAAUUACUCAAUAUAUCUAGAUAAAUUCUUGAUUUUAGACCGUAUGCUCCACACGAAGACGAAAAUACUAGGUUUUCUUUUUGUAGAAGAAACGUAUUUUAUCCGCUAAAUAUAAUUUGUUUCUUACAAGUGGGCUAUACAACUAACGUGGGCUUAAAAAGUUUUCUUUCAUCAUUCGUUGAUUGAACGCCUAUACGUAAGAAGGGAAGCUAUUCUUUAUAGUGUAAUUAGGUACAUAGUAACGAAGUCUUGUCUGCUCUAGUGGAAUUAUUUGUCUAUGAUCUAUGACAUAAGUUGCGAAGUGCAGUAUUAGUUUUAAGUCUUACUAAUUUUGAGGGGCAGUGUGAAUAGUUUUUAGUUGAUAAGUUUAAUUAAUGUAACAAUUAAUGGAAACUAUUAAAAAUGUAAUAUUAAUCA